AAACGUUAUCUGUGAAUGUUAUUUUAUUUUUCUGACGAUAGUUGUGAUUUAUUGCAGAUUUUACAAAUGAAGGAGUGUGUUGUGUAUUUAGCUUGAAUUAUAACAAUGUUGUGCCUUAUUAAUUAGUGCUUUAGUUUGCUAAUCGUGUUUAGUGUUGUAAAAUAAGUUUCCUGCCUUCGGGAACCGAGGAUGAUCUCAUUGACGCACUGACAUUUCGUUCCUUACCGAGAUCUUCGUUUUAUUAUUUUUACGAUUCACUAAGUCCAAUGACCUUGUUAGUAGCUUAUAAAUAAUUUUGGUGAUUUAAAUUAUUCAAUAUGAAGAAGCAGUUCUUUAGGGUUAAGCAACUCGCCGACCAAACAUUUUCAAGGGGCGGUAAAGGCGAAGCGCUCACGGAUGAGCUUCAGACGGCGGAUCGGAAAGUAGAGCAAUUAAGGAAUGCCUUACAACUAGUUAGUAAGAGGCUGGCCACCGGGGCUGGUGGCACACAGGGGCAGGACCCUGCAGCCCGGGAGAAAAGGCUGAAAAAACUUCCAGAAUAUAUGCUGGGUUUAUCAAUGGUUGAGGCAAGCAACUAUGAUGAUGAUGAGAGUGUCUUGAAACAUAUCUUAUUUGAAUGUGGUAAAACAGAAAAAUACCUAGCUAAUGAAAUAGCUGAGCACGAAGUUAAAGUGGAGCAACUAGUAAUUGCUCCACUGUCAACAAUAAGCGACCAUGAUCUCCCAGCUAUACUGAAGACUAAGAAGCAUCUUAGUAAACUCAUAAGUGAAAAGGAAUCAGCAGCUCACAAAUAUCAUCGAGCAAGAGAAGAGAACCCAGCUAAACUGAGUGCAGCACGAGAGGAAUUAGAGGAAAUUGGAAUAAAAGUGGAGUCAGCCAGGGACAGUCUGGCUGCAGAGAUGUUUAGUCUAGUCGCCAAAGAAGCCGAGAUGGCCCACAUACUGCUGCAGUAUGUGAAGCUACAGCGGGCGUACCAUGAAUCCGCGCUCCAUUCACUCCAAGACACUGUGCCAGAGCUGGAAAGAUUCAUAAAUGACAGUGCCGUGAAACGUGUAUUCGGGUACCCACUAGAAGACCACCUGCGGGUAACGGGGCGCACGAUAGCCUUCCCAAUAGAACUGUGCGUGUGCACGCUACACGAACUGGCGCUCAACGAGGAGGGGCUGUUCCGGAUAGCGGGAGGUACGUCAAAAGUAAAAAGAAUGAAGUUAUCGCUCGACGCGGGCCUAUUCAACGUGCCGCUGCCGCCCGACUACCGCGACAUGCACGUGGUCGCCUCCGUGCUCAAGUCGUACCUGCGCGAGCUGCCCGAGCCGCUGCUCACCUACCGCCUCUACGAGCACUUCCUCGCCGCCUCGCGCCAGCCCGCGGAGACCGCGCGGCUCAACACGCUGUGGGAGGCCAUCCAUCUCCUCCCCGAAGCCAACUUCCACAACCUCAGGUACCUCAUCAAGUUCCUGUCCGCUCUUACGCAGAAUCAGGCCACCAACAAAAUGACACCCUCCAACUUGGCUAUAGUAAUCGCGCCGAAUCUUCUCUGGGGGCCGCACGAGAACAGCGCCUUCGACAUGAACGUCACCACCGCCGUCAACUGCGUCGUGGAACUCCUCAUUAAACACGCCGACUGGUUCUUCAAUGAGGAGAUAAAUUUCUUCAUUUCCUUCACUAAGGAGGAUCUUCUUCCUGAUCAGUGCGAGUAUGGUUUCACACCGGGCUUCGGACCAGGUUUCCCGCAGACCGCUGCGCUACAGGAGCACUCCAAUGGAGACUACAGCAGCAUGAGUCGCUCCAUGCUCGAGUACGAACGACGCGGCGAGCCCGGCCGCCACUCGCGCAGUAACAGUCACGAUACCAGCCUCAUUUUACUCGAGAACGAUAUCAAGAAGGCGCAAUCGAACAGCUCCCUCUCCGACCAGUCUAGUCCCCCGCUCGGCAGCCCGAAGCCCAUCAUGAGGAGAAAAAACAAACCGCUAGCCCCCGUCCCGCCCAACUUCACUCCGGAUAAAAAUAAAAAGCCUGAACCGCAGCCGGAGCCCUCGAAAGAGGCGGACAAGCCGGCGAAACCGCCCCGGCCCGUCAUAUCCGACAGCGGAAAAGUCAUCUCGGGCGUGCAGACCAUCAACCGGUCCACGUACAGGCAGAGCAAGGCGCUGAAGGACGAGGCCCGGGGCAGCCGGGAGAACCUUUUCGAGGCGAGGCGGCAGAGCUUAGAAGUGGAGAAGGAUAAAUUUGAAAGCAUAAAAGCUCUGGAGGACAGGAGCGAUUCAACUCUAGUCGUUAAAAACGUGACCGCCCAGACGGGAGUCGUCAGCAGGAUGAAGGUGACGGACGGCAUCAGCGGGCCCGCGUCGCUCGGCGGCCAGCCCCGGCCCGCCGCCAAGCCGGCCGGCCAGCCGCCGCCCCGGCCCGUCGCCGCGCCGCGCACCAUCAUACCCAACGUCGACGCCGACGCGGGGGACGUCCAGCUGAGGAACAAACCCGCGGUUCCGGAGCGGCCAGCGACGCUCCGUCCGCAGAGCUUCCGAGGCGCGCGCGGCUCCAGCGACUCGGACGUGACGCCGACUGUGCUCGAGCGUACGCAUAUAUACAGCGUGGACAAGCAGCAGCCGACGAUGAUCCAGGUCGGGCCGGCGGACGACGAGGGCGGCUCGCGCGUCACCGUGCAGCGCACGCACAGCUCGGGCGGCAAGGACGCCGAGCUCGACGAGCACAAGGCGCUGACGAGCGCCACGCGGCAGCUGUCGCAGUCGGAGGGCAGCAUAACGGAAGUGCCGCUGUCGCCGCGCGCGCCCACGGCGCGGCCGCCGCGGCCGCAGGUGCCGGCGCCGCCGCCGCCCGUGGCCGCGCCGCCGCCGCCCCUGGCCGCGCCGCUCGCCACGCACGAGAGCACGGACCUGUAGCCGCCGCGCCGGCCCCGAGAUCAUCAGUAUUACGCGGCACCGACUCGGUCACGACGCGUGUCGGCGUCGAGAUCGACUCGCGCGCCUUUUCAAAUUGAUCACAUCUCAUGACAGAUUAGCAUUAGUAGCCGGUGCUUCCGAUUUGAGGAACCUCUCUCGAUACGAACGCGUUGAUCCGUAGCUGUAAAAUGCUGGCGCCCCGUCGCUUCGGCGUGGCCGAUUAUAUUUUCUCUCUUGCGAAGUCUUUAUAUCUUAAAUAAGGCUUUAGGAAAUCGAACGAGACUGAAGAGUUUUAUACGUUUUAUUAUGCAAUCUACGUCCUAUUAAUAAUGAAUAGUACUUCUAGAGUGCAAGUUAAUUUCCUGAUUUCCACAAACUUGUGUCAACAUAUUUUUAUACCGAUUGGAUAAAAGACACAGGACAAAAAUUACAUGCAAAAUUCAAUUCUAGUGUUGCUUGCCCUAGAAUUGCACUUUAAUCAUAAUGAAAUUAUAAGUCAUAUUGGCAAAGUCAACGCGUUAAACGAAUUGCCAGGAUGGUUAGAUUAACAAAUUAUCACAUUUGUUAACAUUAUGGUGCAUAAAGCUGAUCGCUAACUUGAUGCGACGAAGAUAAAAACUAAACCUUAAGAGCUAGAAAACAAAACAAUAUGGAUUCCUAAAUCUAGACCAUCAUUUUCUUUCCUAAACGUCUGUGAAUAGCCAGCUUAUGAAAUUGCUUAAUAUCACAUCACAACACGAUGUUUUCGAAAGGGACAUCAAAAUAUGCCAUAGUUAUAAUAACGACUAGUUAUAUUGAAGCCCAUUUCUGCAUUUUGCAUAUCUUUAUUAUCUUAAUCUGCCUUUUAUCUAUCGACUUAUUUAUUUUUGUACCGUAUUAUAAGGCAUUUGUGAUUUACAUACAAGACAUAUAUUGGAACGUAAGUAUAGCUUGCACCCGUAAUUUAAGUACAUACUGGAGAUAUCGUAGCAUUAUAUUUAAAUUAAAUUGAGCAAUAUUCCAAAAAGACAUUUGACAUUGUCAAUUGAGUUUUGUAUGCUUUUAAUGACAUUAAGUGGUAGUGUUACGAAGCUGUUUGCAUUUUUCCAAGUCUAUGCAAUUUAACUAGUUUGAGUUCAAUAUUGACUAUUUAGAUAUUUUUCCCUCUCACUUAAAUUAUAAAAUGGAUACAUUAUCAAAUAAAUUAAAUUUACUAGAAAAUAAUUAGUGAAAGUGCUAUACUAGCUCAAGCUCAUACUUGUAUAUUUUGCAUGGACUUGGCAAUACUGUAUAAUAGCAUAUUUUGUACAAUAUUGAAUGUUGCAAUUGAUCGUUGUGAUACUAGGAAGAUUAUCCACCCAAGCGGGUGCACAAAUGUACACAUUUUGACGAUUAGCCAUAUUUUAUGAUAUUUAUCUUUUCAGUAUGACUGCAGUGCACGAGUUCUGUCCCGAACUAAAAGAAUGUAACUGCAUUAGUUAGCCCACUUCAGUUGCGAUUUUUUAGGCAUCCAUAGUCUGAUUAAAUUAUUGACCAAUAUCACCUACCCACUUCAUUCAUUGCAGCCGCCUACUUUGUGCAUUUAAAAAAAGCUUGAAACACAAAAUUGUACUAAAAUAAAUAUUCUCACCAGUACUCACGAUCCUGCUUGCGCGGGAGGCAGCUAUCUGUUAAAGUGAGAUAAAACUUACUGAUAAUAUCUCAUUAUUACUCUAUCAUUUACUUGCCCGGUGCUCUUGCAGUACAAUUGCAGUAUCGUGAGAACCAAGUUUAAGCUAUAAUAAAAACGGGUAGCUACUGAGGGCCUACCGCGAAAACCGAAAUCCGCAAAUUGCGGGGACAUCAUCAGGACUCUUUUACUCUCACUAAGACGUAAUUAAAGUAACAGAAAAAAAGCCCGCAAUUGCGGACUUCGAUUUUCGCUGUUAUAGCCCUGAUAUUGUGCUAAACAUUAAUCGUCCAUGGAAGCCUAACGCGGCUUUGUUCAUACACUGUAUCAGUAAAUUUUACAUUUUUUUUUUUAGAUUAAGUAUGUUAUGUAGUAUUUACGACGUUUUAUGUGAUAUGCAUUUUAUUAUUAUACUGCAAGUAUACAAGCUUCUGUUGUAAGUAAUACUAAUAAGGAUAUGCUGAAAGAAAAAUUCAAAUAGA